AUGCCAGCUCGUACUGGGGAGCAAUACUUGCAAGGGUUGAAGGAGCGACCGCCGGAAGUUUGGGUUGGAGGGGAACGCGUUAAGGAUGUGACGACUCAUCCCGGCUUUGCCAACGGGGCUCGGUCGGUUGCAGACCUGUACGACAUGCAGCACGAGAAAGACUUAGUCUAUGAAAUGACCUACAGGUCUCCUACUUCGGGCGACCGAGUGGGUAUGUCCUUCCUGAUGCCCCAGGGCUUGGAAGACCUGGAACGCCGCCGGCGGAUGUUUUAUCGUUGGGCCUCCUUUCAUGGCGGCAUGAUGGGCCGAACUCCCGACUACAUGAACGCAGCAUUCGUGGCAAUGGCCUCCGCCGCACCCUACUUUGACCAGGACCGGGAGGGGUUCGGCGAAAACGUGCGGCGCUAUUACGAACAUAUACGGGAGCAGGACCUCUGCCUGACCCAUACCCUGGUCAACCCUCAGCGUUCUCGUUCUCCCCAGCGUUACAUUACCGAUUCGCUGGCCGAGGACGUGGCUCUCAAGGUUAUCAAGGAGACCGACGCAGGCAUCCUGGUGCGCGGAGCGAGGGUUCUUGCGACACUUGGGCCGCUCUCCGAUGAGAUAGCCGUUUACCCUUCCCGGUCACACCAUACCGCGGAUAACGCCCACCAAUAUGCGGUUUCUUUUUCCAUUCCCAGCGACACCCCUGGUCUGCGUUACAUUUGCCGGGAGAGUUUCGACUACGGCCGGACUCCCUUCGACCACCCCCUGGGAGCGCGUUUCGAGGAGAUGGACGCAGUAGCAAUUUUCGACAAUGUCCUGGUGCCUUGGGAGCGGGUAUUCCUGCUUGGCAACGUGGAAUCCUGCAACAACAUGACCACUCGCACCGGCUGGAUAUUACACAGCUUCCACCAGGUAGUGACCCGGAUCGUAGCCAAGACGGAGUUCCUGCUGGGCGCGGCAUCCCUGAUGGUGGAAACCCUGGGUUCCGGCGAACAGCCCCACGUUCAAGAGCGCAUUGCUGAAAUGAUUAUGAACCUGGAAGUCAUCAAGGCGCUGCUUCGCACUGCCGAGGUCGACGCCGCCCCGGACGAGUGGGGGCUGUUUACCCCGGCCCGAUUCCCGUUAACGGUGGCAGAAAACAUGUAUGCCCGCAGUUUCUACCCGCGAAUGGUGGAGAUCAUGCAACUCCUGGGAUCCAGCAGCCUAAUGGCACUGCCCAGCCAGGCCGACUUUGAUUCCGAGAUUGCUCCGGACCUGGAGCAUUACCUAGCCACCGACUCUGCCUCGGCUGUGGACCGGACCAAACUGUUCCACUUGGCCUGGGACAUCUCUUGCAGCGCUUUCGGCUCUAGGAGCUUGCACUACGAACGUUUCUUUGCCGGCGAUUUGGUGCGUAACGCCCAAAUAAUGUACGCCACCUACGACAGGUCGCCAAUGAUGGAAGCGGUAAGGAGGUUCCUGGAACGGGAUUGA